ACACAAAAUUUCACACAAAGCCUCACACGUGCCAACAGUGUGGAAAAGAUUUUGUAUAUGCAGCUAGCCUCACACAUCAUCUCCUUUGUCACUCUGGAGAAAGGCCAUUUAAAUGUGAUAAAUGUGAUAAAACAUUUGUUGUAGAAUCAGUUCUAAAACAACAUCUGAAAUUGCACACAAAUAAAUGUUCUUUUUGUGGAAAGAGUUUUGCACACCUGUCCUAUUUUAAACGGCACCAGAAAAUACAUUACGGUGCCGGGAUGAAUAAGUGCUCUGAUUGUGGGAAGACCUACACAACAGCCACCCACUUGAAAGAACAUCAGCGAAUUCAUUCUGGAGAAAAACCUUUUAUGUGCUCGUACUGUGGAAAGACUUUCACUCGGUCAGAACAUCUGAAAAAACAUGAGAGGAUUCACACCGGAGAGAAACCAUACAAGUGCUCACACUGUGGAAAGAGUUUCACUCUGUCACAAAACAUGAAAGCUCACGAGAGAAUCCAUACUGGAGAAAAACCAUACCAUUGCUCUUCAUGUGGAAAAGGUUUCAACCGAUCAGGUCAUCUACAGCAACAUGUCAAACAUAAUUGCCCAACUAGUCACAGUGACCAAGAAUCAUCUUCAGGUCCAACGAUAUCAAGCAAAUAGUUUGAAAUUCAGAUAAACCCAAGGAUGGAAUUUCUCCCAAAAGGGCUGCACCAUUUAAAGGCUCGAGUUUUUCUGCAUUCCGGAUCGCCUUGCACACGGUCGAGUGAUCAGCCUUUCAACAAGUACUCUUUUGACAUCAUGCAAAUACAAACAUGUUUGACACAUGCACACUAUGACUGCUUUAUAAUACUCUUUAGUGCAGUACGGUCAACGACAUUUCGAAUGAGGUGUACAGACAAGGCCCAGAGUGGCUAUCUGAGUUACCGUAGCCUUCCUACAGGUUGACCCAGUCUGGCCAUUCUUUGUUGACCUCUCUCAUCAUCAAGGCAUUUUCAU